AUAAGCAAGAAUAAUUGUUCUGUCUUUCACAUACGACCAUAGGAUCUGGAAAACUCGGGAUCCCGUCCGCUCUCCCAUAGAUAAGCCAGAUACCGCCGGAUCAGUAGUUGGGUCGGUGACGACCAGCGAAUCCCCGGUGUUGUGAUAUGGAUAAGCCGAUCUAUCGUUUCUAUGUUGAACGUAAGUGGCGUGGCUUGCCCUAUCGGAUGAUCAUGCAACGUAUUCAGCAGUUACACAUUGUACCCGAUGUGCUGCCGAAAUUUGAGCCUGUUGCAGAUGUCGAACUUUACUUCCGACGAAUCAAGGUCACCCCUGGUGAUAUUUUGGAUUCUCGAAUUACGGAAGUACCACCACGUCUAAGAGUUCAAGUAUUUAACCCUGGAGAGCGUCUCGUCUCAGUCGUAGUUAUGGACUCGGAUGUCCCUAACCCCGAAACGGAUUCUUUUGAUAGGCGGUGCCAUUACCUUGCGGCAAACAUUCCUAUUUCUCCUAAUCAGACUUCCUUGCCUCUCGGUCAGGCUGACAAGGAUUCUCAGUUGGCCGUGCGAUGGCUUCCGGCUUUCUCUCAGAAGGGCGCACCGUACCAUCGAUUAUCGGUGUUUGUAUUGGAGCAAAAGCCUGGGGAGAAACUAGAUAUUGCUAAGCUACGUGAGCUGUAUUCCAGCCGAGACGGAUUCAGUCUUAAGAGCUACCGGGAUAAGUUCGGCCUCACCCCGGUCGGCUUCAACAUCUUCCGAACGGUCUGGGAUGAGGGUACGGCCGGUGUUAUGGAGAGGGCUGGCGUGCCGGGUGCUGAUAUUGAGUUCAAGCACAAGAGAGUCUACUCGCUCAAGGAAGACAAGAAGCCCAGAGGUUGGGAAGCCAAGAGGCAGAAGCCCAAGUACAGAGGCUUAUGGAAGUACAGCAAGAGGAUCCAUGGUAUGAAGAUGGGUCGCAGGUAAAUACCUUGCUGAUAUUAAUGUAUCAUAUAUACAUGUACAAAAUAAGACCAAUUGUAGAUGGACCAAAGUCUUUUUGGACUUUUACUGUGACUUAGAAUAUGACAAAAAUUUUGGUAUCAUCAUAUGGGCAAGUUGUACUAUACUCUAUAGCUGGCUCUUAGCCAACAUGCUACUCUAUCUUCACUAA